UUUUUAUACGAUAGUAAAAUAAUAGUUAAUACGAUAUUUUUUAAAUAUAAUUCAUAAUGAUACGAAAACCUAUACGUACAUAUCAAAAGAAAAAUCUUGCAAAUUCAUUAAUAAAAAUUAAUGCCUUUGUUAAAUCGGAUUUAACAUCAAAAGCUGACAAUAUUAUUGAAGAACAACAUGAAAUUGAUCAUUUUAAGGAAAAUAUAAAAAGUGAAGACUCAUUGUAUAAUGAUCCUUUUGAAACAACAUUUGAUAGAAUUGCUAAAAAUGCAGUAGUACCAGCAAUACCACCUGAUUGUAUUACCAAUGACUCGUGGAGUGGUAGUAGUUCUGAUAUGAAUAGCGACGAGGAAAAUCGUCAAUCUUUAUUUCAUAUUUCAUUUGGUAAUCCUAAUAUUGACAUUAGUCCAAAUGUGAAACGUAAAAGAUCUUUAAAAAUGCACACGUAUCAAAAAAAAGUCCAAUCUAAAAAUAAAAAAGCAUCCAUAACAGGAACUUUAAAUAUAUCACAGCAUAUCAGAAGUAUAAAAAAAGUUAAGAAAAAAAAUCAGACUAAGGUACUUUUAAACAAUUAUAUUGAUUAA